AUGGCCACAAUUCCCCGACCCACACUAAAUCGCAUUCCUGGAAUGCCGAUAGCCAAGAAAGAAGUACACGUUAAAGAUCUAACAAAGCUGACACAGUUGGAACUGUUGGAUAUUAAAGAGCGGGAGGCCAAACUAUUGGCCAACAAGGCAAAAUUACAGAAACUACCAGACAAGGGAAAGCGCAUACAGGAUUUCUAUGACAAAGUUGUGGCCGAAUUGAAUCGUAGAUCGAAUGUUGAUGAAGCGGCCAAGAUGUUCUCUGGUUUGAAUAUUGCUUCAAAAGGUCAGAAAGCGCUCAAUGAUAUGGAAUGGCGGGGGAGAAUUAAUACAAACGAGGACGGCGGUGAUCCAUUGGAUGAUGUUUUGGAUAGUGAUGAUGAGUUGGAAAUGGAUCCAUUGCGUAUUAUUGCACAGAAACAAAUGCACGAACGUAAAGUGAAAAUAGAAAAGCCGGAACCAAAACUUAUUACCGAAGAAGAUUUAAAAGAAAUCGAGUCAUUUAAGAGCAACUCGCCAGAUUCGGAGAUUACAACCAAACCUACCUCGGAAAGUAAUGAAAAUGAUACCGAAGACACUGAAGGUAUCGAUGCUGAAAUUGUCUCCAUUGAUAUUCGUGCCAAAUUGGAAUCAUUAAAGCCUAAAUUAGAAAGUCUUAAUAACAGUUUAAAUUCUUCGUUAAAUAAUUCCCGACCCUCUAGUUCAUUAUCACAAGUAGAAUUAGAUCCCCAUGUCCAUUAUUUGGUGGAGAAGACUGAGCUGCAUGUAUCACCACAGAAAAAAGAAAAAUUCCUGCCAUUCCGUACAACAAAAUCAAAUGUUCAUGAUCCCACAAAAGAACGUGAACGUAAAAAGGGUAAACAUUGGGAAAUCACUGCAGCCACACCGCCACCCAUACAACACAAUGCUGCCCAGCUGCUGAGUUUAAUGGAUUCUGUGGAAAUUCAGGCGGAUUAUUUGCAAAGACUGAAGGAGCUACAAGAAAAACAAGCAACAGAACGGUUGGCUGCCAAACUUAAACGUAUGGAAAAGAUCAAAAUGAAACUACCAAAUGAAGAUGCCUUAAAAUCGAAUCCAUCCUUUACAAAUUAUCGUUCGACGGAAAAGAGAACAACCAAUCAAAUUGAAGGCGAUCAAACAUUUAAUGAAGAAGAUGAAGUUACCGAUCCCCUCGAUGAAGAGAAAUCAAGUGGUGUUAAUUACACCGUCUAUGAUUAA